CCCGAUUCGCGGACGACCGUGCUGAAGUGUCAGCCCGAUUCGCGGACAGGGAGGCCGAUCUUCUUCAGGCUCGCAGGGAGCUCGCGACGGGUUUCUUGGCGUGAGUGUGUUCUUCACGCUCCACGACAAAGAUCCGCGACAGUCUCUCUCUUGAUUUGCAGCAGCGGUUUCAAGAUAUCAGUCUCGAGCCAAGCGAAGUCGUGACACACGUGAGCAGUGAGUGAAAGAGCACAGAGGCGACGCAACACAACUUGUCCAUCCCGCUUGACGCUGCAGGCGGAGCUCAUUUGACGUCUGCUGCUUGCUUCGGUUCAGUGGUUGAUUGGCGCCAUGGCGGCUCUCGCUUCGUCUUCAUCCGCCGCCGGGUCUCAGCCGCAGACGCCGGUGAGUCAAGGCGCAGCGCACUCUAUCAUUGUGUAUUGCGCAUUUCGUUUCAGCAGGUGGUGUCCCGCCGUGGCCCUCAGUGUUGCGAGGAGGGCACUCGUCUGUGGAUGGUGUCGACUGUCGAGAAGAGGGGCAUGCGCUGGCCGAGGUGUAUGACAGAGAGCCGACCGAGGGAGGGACGGUGGUGCACCUGAGGGCGGUGGAGCCGGUCAGCGGUGUGCGGGAGCUGUUCCAGAAGGUCGUGCCGCACAAUCAGACCCACACACCACCGCAUCAGCAACAGGUUCGCAAACCCAGGAUACACGCACCCUACAGCACUCACACGGGAAGAGGAGAUCUUGGUAUGUGUGUGGUCAGGGCUCUGAUGGCGACGGGAGGUUGUUUCAGUGCAUCCAUCGCGUGGGCGGCGCUGUGAGUUCGGAUCAGACCAACACAGAAGGGCAGCACUCCAAGAGCGUAAGCACAAACACAGACAUACACGCGCACACAUGGAUCGGCCCAUGUCUGCGUCUGUCUAUCCAGGUGCGUGUUGGCGAUGGCAACAAGCGAGCACGUGUGGCCGGCAGCCCGGCUGGCGGUGUGGAGGGUGGUAACAAAGAGCCUCAGCAGCGCAUAGAAACGGUGAGACCAGCCGCAGGGAAUCUGCAGUGAAUGACCGACCCACACUCAUCCUUCCCUCUCUCUGUUUGUGUCUUGUGCAGAUUUGUUCGUUGGUGAUGGAGUUCCUUCCCCUUCAUGUGCUCAUCCCCCUCUCCCAGUGGCUGGCCAAGAGCACCAAGCAGAUGUGGGACCAGGCGGCGCCCAGCCACACACGACUCUUCAUCGACUGCGCAACCAAGGACGACGAGCACUGCUGGAGAUCGCCGACCGAGGGCCGCAAGUUUUGGCAGAAGAUCCCUCUCGAUUACGUCGAGCGGAUAGCGGCACGGCUCACCGGCCUCACUCACAUCACCCUCUGCUACCCUAGGCAUCACCCCAUGUGGUGCAGUGACGUGUUGCUAACCAUCAUCGAGGCCGCAGCCGCCCCGCCCGCCCCCACUCAGCCCCCUCCCGCCACCGACCAGCCCGACAGACAGGAAGGCGCCCCCGCCACCCAGAGGCCCUCCGAGGUGCGACAGUCGGCCAGUCGGCUGGAGACCAUCGCAUUCGAAAGGGUGCGGCUGAGUGCGGCGGAGGGCCGUGAGCUGGAGCGUCACAAUCCCCCUCACCCUCCUCGCCGCAACGAGCCCCUCACCUUCCACUCACUCAAGGCGGUCACAGGAGCUGUCGGAGAGCACAGUGAGCUGGCCAACAGAGGGUGGCUGAUGCCGUCACUCGAGACAGUGGAGCAGAAGUGGUGGGACGCGCGCGAGCUGGGCCGCUUCAUCAGCUCGUCACGGUGUCUGCGGCACGUCGGCGGCCGUCUGGCGGGUGAGGAGUGGGCCAGUGUGAUUGAGCACAUGCCUGAGGCAGCUGCUGGGCAGACAGGGCCACUUGCAGGCCUGUAAAGCAUCGGCACCAUCAAGCUGGGCGGCGAUCCUGACCAGGCCAGUGCAGCGGUCGACAGACUGAAGGUAACUUACCAUCAGUGGAUGUACGUGGAAGAGAGGUCUUAGUGGUGAUCUCACCAUAUGUGUGUGCUGUAGGUGGCACUCGUCUCGCGUGGCUGCCAUCGGUCGCUCACUCAGAUGGUGGUGGACAUGUUCUUCUACGACUUCGACAGCCGUAUCCUUCCCCUCCUGCAGUCCCUCGCGUCGCUAUACAGCGAAUGCUGCCGACCCGAUGACGAAGUGAGACUCGUCUUCUUCGAGCGACAAGUGUCACGAAGUGAGUGGGGGCGAUAUGGCAACAGUUUCGACCUGUCGCUAUUCUACAACGACGACUUUCCCGCCAACCCCUCCUCGCUCGGGAGAAAUGAAGGAAACGAGCAUAGAGAGUCUGCGGCUGUGAGAGCAGGCGAUGAACUUUUUUGGAACUGGUUAAUGUGUGUGUGUUCGUACAGUGUAGACAAGAGUAAUGAGUUUGACCCAAAGGGCGGGAAUGACUAAGGAAUGACUAAUAGUCACGUGCCUGCGUAUGCUUAUGUGCCAGACGAAGCCGAUGGACGAGUAUAUCUGGUUGGCUGAGUCGGUUGUUUUGUGUCAGGGUCCAAGCACGGAAGGCCCUGACGGUCAGCUACACCAUCAGCCACAAUGACCUCAUCAACCCCAUCAACAGCCCCAGCCAGGCGGCCAAAUUGCAGGCGGCCAUCGACAUCGCCAAGACACUCACUUUCGACAUGGAGCUCGUGUCUGUCCACAACGCCCCUGACUUCGUCCCCCUUCCCAACCCCCCUUCACCCCACACCACCAUCAUCGACCACCUGCAGCCGUUCCCAUCGGCCAGGUUGCUGUACAUCCGCAGUGCUCUUGGUGGUGAUGCGGGUCGGCUGGUUGCACAGAUGAUGCCGACGAGGGUCAAGGUGGUAUCUUUCGGCAGACGUGUGAGUGCAGCGGACAGAAGGAGCGUGCUCGAGGCCCUCGGGGCGGAGAGGGAGGUUGGCACCGUCGGUGUCGGCUGGCCGCCGCCGCGUGCGGUCAGUCUCGCUGACGGUGCAUUGGACGGCAGGGUUUCGGACAGUUUCCCAUCGAUUGGCUAAUUAUUCAUAGAGUUGUCAGGUAUGGAAUGCAUUGCCACGCAAGGAGUGCUGGCUGGCUCGUUCAUCUGAUGUGUGUGUUGUGGCCGUGUGUGCUGUCAUUCAGCGCCCGAUGAUCUGGACCCCUCAUCCGUUGUGGAUGGCGUGCGGGGCCUAAGGCGCUUGAGGCGCUUGACGCUGUUUGUGUGGCCUGGCGAAGCCGUUCGUGAUGCCGUCCGGCAGCUGCUUCCCACCGGUUGUGUGUUGGGGGCUGGGCACAAAUUUGUCAUCGAGGAGACAUGCAGGACCGGUCGCCGGCGGAGACCCAGGAGGCAAGACCGUCGCAUCACGAUAGCGCGUCGCUCUCAGAGGGUGAGCGGGAGCAUAGCCAAUGCACCCAUCGCACCCAUACUCGUGUGACUUUCCGUGUGUGCGGUCAGGUCGUCUGUCAAUCGAUUGCAUGA